ACCCCAAACCCAACGUUAGGCGCCACCACAUAUGGAUGCACCUUAGUCGUUGACUGCUCCUUCACUUGCUCUUCUCUGCGCUUUGCGCCCUGCAACACUUUGACCCCUACGCGGAUUUUCGUUACGAGUCGAUCCGCCACACUCGUCGUGCCGCACCAAUCACAUAGCCACCCCACGACCCAGACAUUUCCUAUUUGAUCCUUGUACACUAGUUCCGCCAUACUCGAGCCCUCUCGAUCACGCUCGAUUCCCACCCCGUUGCCACUAGUGCUCUAAUAAUCUACGACAUACCAAGUCCUCUCUGGCCCGCGCUGUUCGAGUUGGUCGCUACACCACACCGCCCAGUCCACGCGCCCACGCCCUCCUACAUGAGCGACUUGAGAGAACGUCUCGCGCGAUUGGGACUGUCCCAGUACCACGAAGUGUUCACGGCCGAAGGCUUCGACACUUGGGAGACUGUGCUCGACAUCACAGAAUCAGACUUAAGUCACCUCAACGUCAAGCUUGGCCAUCGUCGGAAACUUCAACGGGCCAUCGCCGAAUCGCGCGGACAGUCUUCGGAUAGGCCUUUACCUAUCAAUCUUGCACGAGCUGGAAGCACCGCCGGCUCGUAUCGCAGUGACGACUCGGGGCCAGAGAGCAAAAGCAAGCAGCCAGAGCCUACCAAUACUGCACCGAAUGGAACAGGGGCGAAGCGGAAGUACCGUCGACAUCCCAAGCCUGAUGAACAUGCUCCAGAACGUCCACCCUCUGCUUACGUCAUAUUCUCCAAUCAGGUGCGAGAGUCACUCAAGGGACAAGAUCUUACUUUUACCGAGAUUGCCAAGGUAGUCGGCGAGAAAUGGCAAGUCUUGCCUGCCGAGGAACGCGAAGGUUGUGAACGGCAGGCCAACGGUGCCAAAGAGAAGUACUAUGCAGAGCUGGCUGAGUACAAGAAGACGCCCCAUUUCGAGGCGUAUCAAAAGUAUCUCGAAGAUUUCAAGUCGAAGCACUCCGUGCCCACUAAAGAAGGCAAACGCUCGAAACUCGAGACCGAAACCAGCGCUUCAACACGAGGAGGUAGCUAUGAACAGACCGACCAGCCAGCAAACAGAAGGUUGAGUUCUAUCCAGUCUGAUGCCCAAGCAGCAGUGCAACAGAAACCAGAUUCCACUCAACCUAUCCCCCCUUCACGACUUCCAGCUGGCCCAGUCUACCCUUCAAACUCGACACCGCCGGCCAAUAUUCCCCUUUCUGGCUUCAACUCUCCCCGUUCGGGCGAACAGUUCUCCCCUACUUCUGCAUCUCCACGGACCACGGCCCUGCAAAGAGAUGGCGGUGCCUAUGACCCAUCCGUACCCAGUUCCAACCGAGAUACGAGGAUCCCGUUCGAUGCCAAUCCGUACCAUCAGCCGACAGCGUACAACCUGGACCUCCACCAAAAAAUUGCAUCGACGCCACCACCUCCAUAUCCCCACCCAAAUCACUAUCAGGGGCCUAACGACAUGCUCUCUCGCAGGACUCCGCGCGACUCCGCGCGUCUUCCCCCACUCAGUCAUGAAGAUACAACAUUAUCGUCUGAGAGUGGUCACAGCAAUCAAGGAUCUCAAGCGUACUCCAUGUCAGUUUAUCCCGGGCAGACAUUACCUGCAGAUCCGAGUAAGACGAUGCGCAUGCUUCCCCAGCCAGUGCCCAGUAUAGCACCCCUAGCCUCUCCACUGGAUCGGCCGAUACCGCCGAUGCCAACAUCACACCUCUCACAUAUUCCCCAUGAUUAUCGUAAUCAGGGGUCACUUGCGGUCCUCGUAAGAGCAGGGGAACUAGCAUCAAGAGCAGCGGACGACGAUAUGGUCGAGACCGAGAGCUCGCCUUGAUUCCUUUUUUGAGCGUUAUACCAAUGUUACAGUACAUGAUUCGGCAUGAGCAUUCCGCAUGGCUCGUUCCAGUGGGCAGUAUAUACCGCAUGCGAUCACAAGCUGUUUCGCUGCGAGACGUCAGUAACGACAGGACUGCCAUACGUGUACCGCGCACCAGCCAAGUGAGCAUGCGCGGGGACGCUUUACGUUUUCAUAUGUUAUUUGCUAUUUCGAGAUGAUACCCCAA